AUGAUUUAAUCUUAAAUGAUAGAAAAAGAAGAAGAAAUUCAUUGUUUAUUUAAAACAUAAACUUCAUAUCUUAAUGGUAGCAUAUGUGAUACAAAAUUAAGAAGGAAUUAAAGGCUUUUAUGCAUUAAUGCAUAGAAAAUUUAGAAUCAUAACCAAAAUUAAUUAGUUUUAAGAAAGCCUUUUAAAUUAUCGAAGAAAAUCCAAAAUAAGGAAAGAAUCAGUUGA